AUGUCGCUGUCGACAGUCCUUCGUGGGGCAACACGUCAAUUGGCGUCUUGUCGUCAAAUGUCGGCUUAUCCGAUUUCCGAUGCCAUGUUCGGUCUUAGCGAAGAUGAUAUAGCGCUGAGAAAAUCCGUUCGUGAUUUCGCUGACAAAGAAUUGGCUCCACACGCACAGCAAAUCGAUCAAUCGAACGAGUUCAAGGAUUUGCGAUCGUUUUGGAAGAAGCUUGGGGAACAUGGGUUACUGGGCAUUACAGCUCCGGCUGAAUACGGUGGUUCCCACAUGAACUACUUCUCGCAUGUACUUGUCAUGGAGGAAUUGUCUCGUGCAAGUGGCUCGAUAGCCCUUUCUUAUGCUGAAUACGGUGGUUCCCACAUGAACUACUUCUCGCAUGUACUUGUCAUGGAGGAAUUGUCUCGUGCAAGUGGCUCGAUAGCACUUUCUUAUGGCGCUCAUUCAAACCUUUGUGUGAAUCAGAUUGUUCGCAACGGUUCUCAAAAACAGAAGGAAAAAUAUUUGCCCAAGCUGAUUAGCGGUGACCACGUUGGAGCGUUGGCAAUGUCGGAAGCAAAUGCCGGGUCCGAUGUGGUCAGUAUGCGGUUGAGAGCAGAUAAACACGGUGAUAAGUAUAUCCUGAAUGGGACAAAAUUCUGGAUAACAAAUGGCCCUGAUGCUGAUGUUCUGGUGGUUUAUGCAAAAACCGACCCGAAAUUGCAUCAACACGGAAUCACCGCCUUCCUAGUUGAAAAGGGAUUCAAAGGGUUCUCAACAUCGCCGAAACUGAAUAAGUUAGGGAUGCGUGGUUCGAACACUUGUGAACUGGUUUUCGACAAUUGCGAAGUACCAGAAGAAAAUGUAAUGGGCGGUGUCGGGAAAGGUGUCUACGUCCUGAUGACCGGCCUCGAUCUCGAACGUCUCGUGCUUUCCGGUGGACCACUGGGGCUGAUGCAAGCUGCUUGUGAUAUCGCCUUCCAAUAUGCCCAUCAUCGAGAAGCAUUCGGUACUCCCAUAGGGACAUUCCAGGAUUGUGCUGGUGUUAUACUGUAUUUGGCAGAGAAGUGUACGCAAGUUUGUUUGGACGCUGUUCAAAUUCUCGGUGGAAAUGGCUAUAUCAAUGACUAUCCUACGGGACGAUUACUACGAGAUGCAAAAUUAUAUGAAAUAGGAGCUGGUACAAGCGAAGUUCGACGAUUGAUAAUUGGUCGUGCCUUGAACAAAGAAUAUAUUCAUUAA